AUGUCGCAAAGCCCUUCCGCCUCAGUAUCUAAUGGCUCUGACAAUGCAUCAAAAAGACGGAGAACCGGUGACGGUCAUUCCAUGGGCCAGUUUAUGUCAACAGCGGAUGGCUCACACCAUAAUCAACAUCAACCAAGUCCCCAUAUCCCAAAGAGAGGCGCACGGGCUUGUACCGCCUGUAGGAAGGGGAAAAACAGAUGCGAAGGAGAGGCUCCUUGCCGCCGCUGUCAGGCAAGUGGAACGCCUUGUGUCUUUGAAAAACCAGAGAAGAAGAAUGUCCAAGCGAGCGCUGGACCCAGCGUUGAACGACUGUCUCGCCUUGAGGGCCAGUAUCUGGUUAUGCAAAGCCAGAUGAUUGGCAUGCAAUCAUCGUUGGAUAGGAUUUUGUUGGCGGUGCAGCCACAGCAUCCCCCGCCAAUGCAACCACCCCCAGGGAUGUAUACGUCUCACAUGGAUGUCCACCGUGAUAUGUCUGGUCUACAGCAGCCCCAACAUAAUGGGUUUGACAUGAUGCCGGGUUCUGACCGCUCCCGCUCCUUCCCACCGCUUCCGGGGUUUGCACCUCCACCCCAUAAAUAUGCGUCAUAUGGAAUCAUUCCGAGCACAGCUCCCUCUUCGGAUGACGAGUCCGAAGACACGCUCCCUCGUUCAACUUUGAACGCUCCCAUAGAAGCUUUGCAGGGGUUGGCAAAUGCUGCUGCCGAAGCUGCCGCUGCCCCAUCCGUUUCCCCAAGAGUGAAGAAGCGUAAAAGGGCUGAACCCAUUCCAAGGAAUGCCUUUCCCCAUGUAGUGGAAAAAGGCCUGGUCACCGACUCGGAGGCACGCGAGCUUUACAAUAUCUUUUUCGCAGGAUGUCACUUGUUCAUUCCCUUGUUCGACCCGUUGUAUGACACAUAUGAAAGCUUAAUGGAGAGGACCCCCUGGACGUUCGAUGCUAUCUUGGCUGUGGCUUCUAAAAUUCGCAGCGGCAACGGACCUCUUAGUUCAACGUUUUACAAAUGUCUGGAAGAAGCACAAGGUAUUGCACGCUCCUCGCUUUUCGGGCCCGUAGUAAGAAAGGAGGCUAUUCAAGGAAUGUUGUUGCUGGCUGCCUGGAGUACAAAUGGUUGGCUUCCCAGUGGCCACGCCAUGCGUAUGGCUUUGGACCUCGGCCUUCAUCGAGCCUUGGAGAAGCUGGCUGACGUCGUUGGCAAACAGCGGACCGAGGAAGAAGAGAGAAAUCUAGUUGUGUCCGCUCGCAUUUGGCUUUGUCUUUACUGGUUUGACCAUCAAAUGAGUCUGGGAACAGGCCGCCCAAUCGUGUUACGGGAUGAGAGUACAAUUCGUCACUGCCGGUUGUUGUUAAGCCACCCCAUGUCAUCGCCGACCGACGUCAGGCUCGUCGCCUUGGUUGAGCUUAUUGCUCAAAAGACUCAAAUCUACGAUACCUUGGCUUCCUUAAACGAUCAGGUCAAUCACAAUACAUUGGCUUUCAUCCGCCGUGCAAACGUAGCACUGGACAAAUGGUGGUCGGACUGCGAUGAACUUCACUGUCGGACCAUGGACCAGGAUUCAUUACUCCGAAAAAUCCUGGCUGGGGAAUUGCAUUAUGCAAAACUGUGGCUUGUUUGUGUCGCUUUACGCGGCGUGGCUUGGGAUAAAAUGCCUUUCGAACAACGCGAGCUUGCCUUCCAAGCAAAAGAUGCCGCAUCAAACUGUCUCUCAAUUUUUUUGAACUCAUCCGAAUACAGAGCUGCCCUUCGCUACGCCGUCCAUGACAGUCUUGUCACGGCUGCGUUUUCCGGCCUAUUUCUUUUGAAAAUGGCCAGUCUAUUCCCCUCUGAACUGGAUCUGGGAGCAAUCACUGGCCAAGUUGAGCAAUUGGCUCAGCUUCUGUCGGACGUUGCGGCUGAGAGGUACGCCCUAACUUUGAGGAUCAUGUUAGCCAACCUCCGCCGCAAAGUAGGUAUGGGAAGUGGAAUCAACACUCCGAUACCUACCAUGCCACCCCCAUCCUUUGCAGAAAACAUGAUUAUUCCCCAAACAUAUCUUGAUCCCGGAAUGCCACCCCCGUUUACCAUGGAAGAACUUGGGUUUGCUUGGCCAGGCAAUCAAGGAAUCUUUAACCCAUCAACCAUUCCUAUCUGGCUCCAAGAACAGAGCUUGGCGGACCUUGGGCUUCCCGCAAAUGGCUCUGAUGGGAUCUUUCUGCAGAUGGGAGGCGCCAACGGAUGGACAGGAGACUUUCCCUCUAUGCCGGAAGCGUGGUAG